UCGUGAGAAUAGUUUGACUUUGCCCAUAUAAGUUAUACGUUUCAUGUAAGCUGAGAGGGCGGAGCUCUCACAACUAUAAGUAACUACUUCAACCAUUGGCUGUAUUUAUUUACUUUCGUUGUAGUAUUCCAUUUUAAAACGCUAGUGAGGAGAGAUCGAGUGAAUAAACCUCAGAAACAAGGCUACUUUAUUAGAGAGAAGUAGCUUGAUUUCUCACUAGCAGUUGCGAUACAUGAUUUUUUUUUUUAAUACUUUGUACAGUAAAGAUGUCAAAGUUGAUCUAACGAAUUCGAGAAAGAAACGAAACGACAAAACACAUAAUUUGCAAAGAAAAUUAAGAUUCUCAUUUGAGUUGAAAAUAUUGUUGGAAGAAAUAACAAGCCAAAAAAUAAAGAAAACUUUCAAAACAAAUAAACGGAACGAGUACAUGAGUUAAAAACACGAACUCGGCACAUUUCAGAAAACUCCAGCGAAAUGACAUAACGAAAGAGAAGAUAGAAAAGGAUUUUGAAGAAAUUAAAUCCUUUAAAAUGGAAAUUAAAAUGUCACGUAAUAAUUUGAGUGAAAAUUUUUCAAGGAAUACGACAAACAACAACAAUAACUGCAUUUGAAGGAAGCAAACGACGAAGAUUGUUGUUUCUAAUUAAGAAUAACUAAUUUUGAUAAUGGAAUAUUACCUACACUGACUUUUCUUCGAAAAUAUAUAUGUAUACAUAUAUCUGUGUAUAUAUAUUUCACAAAAGGGAAGCUUUGGAACUACAAGGAAUUACUACUAAAAAAAACAAAAAGAAAACUUAUUUAUUUAUAAGAAUCAAAGAAGCAACGGAAUUAAACGGAGUUGAACGAGCGUGUGUAUGACAGUGUGUAAGAGUGAGUGAACACGAGAAAACUAAUUGUGAACGAGUUUGUUUAUUUUUAUUUAAGUUUGUUUGUUUGGUUUGUUUGUUAUUUACGAGUGAUUUCAACUAUCCGUUUUCUUCGCUUCACCUUUGGAGAAAAUAUUUUCUAGGGAUUUCUUAUUUUCCCUUACCUUCAUCCGUUUCACAUUUUGCUUCAAACCACCACGACACUUUUCAGAUGCCUUGUCUAGAGAGUGCUCACAUUACAAUGGAUGAUUAUUUCACUCCAGAAUGCUUGAGAGCUCAACUAAGAGCUGGGCACGAACUGCCAUUACUCGAUUGUCGAAGCCAAUGCGAGUUCGCACGCCGGCAUAUUAUCGGAGCUAUUAACAUCACCAUGCCAGCAUUACUUCAGAAACGAUUGAAAACGGGAAAUCUUAACAUCCUUGGUAUUAUACAUAACAAUGAUGCUAACCACAGAUUUAAACGACAUUGGAAAACACACAAAAUUGUACUUUAUGAUGACUGUUCCACAGAUUUAAACGCAAAUCCAUCCAGUUUUUUGAAUUUAUUAUUAGAAAAAUUGCGCCAAGAAGGGUGUUCAGCUUGCUACUUGCUUGGUGGUUUUUCGACGUUUGAACAAAGAUAUCCUGAACUCAGUGCUUUCUUAGAUUCGGAAACCGAGUCUACCAUUAUUGGCCUCAGAAAUUUAUCUCUGUCAAGCGAUUCGUCAUAUAAUCUUCAAGAUGAAGAAUCAGAUACAAGUCCAUCGGAUACAUCGCCUUUACCAGUUCAAGUCUUACCGAAUCUUUUUCUGGGCAAUGCUAAGAACUCUCAAGAGCUUUCACUUUUGAAACAAAACGGCAUCAAGUAUAUUCUUAAUGUAACUGCCAACAUGCCAAAUAUGUUCGAAAAAGACGAUUCUUUUAAAUAUAUGCAGAUUCCCAUCAAUGAUCACUGGUCUCAAAAUUUGUCUAUAUUUUUCCCGAAAGCCAUUGAAUUUAUCGAGGAAGGUCUUUCACAAGAUUACGGUGUUCUAGUUCACUGCUUGGCUGGAAUUAGCCGCUCCGUAACAGUAACUGUUGCCUAUCUUAUGCAAAAGAUGUCCAUUACUUUGAACGAUGCUUAUGACCGAGUGAAAAAAUGUAAGCCGAACAUUUCACCGAACAUCAACUUCAUGGGCCAAUUGCUGGACUUCGAAAAAUCUCUAAACUGUGACAGCGAAAGUUGUCUUGAACUAUUAACACUUAGCAAUCAUGAAACUUCGCCCGUUUUAAGUAGCCCCGAUGAGAAAGACUCAGAUGAAGACAGAUCAGAAGAAACAGACGACAGUCCAGAUUACAACGUGAAACUGAUGUCGUUGUAAAACAGCUCAGGGAAAUAACCGAACCAACCACAGUUCAUUAUUUGUGCAACUUCAGUUGUUUUUGUUUUCAUGACUUUAUUAUUAUUAUUAUUAUUAUUAUUAUUAUUGUUGUUGUUGUUGUUGUUAUUAUUAUGAUAGUACUAAGGGUGAUUAUAACAAUAAUAAUAACAAUAACUUUGGUCGGCUGUGUUACUGAAACGAAAGGUUUCGUUAUUGAUUAAUUCCGACAGAAGGAAAGAAAGAAAACAGAAACUCAACUGCAUAGACACUUGAUUGUUGGCUGACAUAAUAGUGAUAAUCAUUAUUAUUAUUAUUUGGGCGACAAUGACAGAAUUGGUAGAGUGCUCAGCGAAAUACCUAGCGGUAUUUCGCUACGUUCUUUUACGUUCUGGAUUCAGGUACCGUCGAGCCUUAUACUCCGCUCUAGGGAGUCGGACGAAAACAAGUACCAAACGUGUACUGGGGUCGAUUCAGUCGACUGUACUCCUCCCUUACACAUACUUUGCACUGUGCCAAUGUUAGAAAUCCUAACAUCAUAUAUAUAUAUAUAUAUAUAUAUAUAUAUAUAUAUAUAUAUGUAUAGUACGUCGUUGCCUUUGAAUAAAGUGGUCCUUUUGUAUGUUAUGAAAGUCAGAACUUGGGUGUAAAAUAAUACACGGGAGAAUGUUUCAUAUACAUGUUGAUCACCUUCAUCCUCAUGGUUAUCAUAGUUUUCAUCUUCAUAUUCGUUAUUUGCAUUGUUACAAAGAAUACCAUCACCAUCACCAUCGUUAUUUAAAAUCGCAAUUGUAAAUAAAAUGACACACUUACUUAACUAUAUCACUGCUGAAAAGAAAGACAGACAAUGGGCAAUGGUGAAAGGAAAGACAAGACAGGGCGAGAGACCAGUUUCAGUUUGCCCUAGUGCUCGUUACGUUUCAAUUUCUAGGGUUGAAAUACCUGGUUCGAUUCCAGUUUUUUUUGCAGAACUGUAUCAGUUUUGUUGAUCUGUCUGACGUUCAUUAAUGAAAAGCCUCAGUAAUAUUUUACCAAUAUUACACAGAUUAUAAUUUUACCAUCCCCAGUAUAACAUCCCAAUGAUGUCAUAGGCAAGUCCCUCCUUGCCAUGAUCAAAAUUGUUUUGUGAGACCUUUAUUUAUAUAUUUUCAUACAUCCCACGCAUGAAACAGAUUGACAUUUUGUUCAGGGUGAAUUCUUACGAACUAUUUAACUGUAAGCUUUUUUUUUUUUCCUUCCUCACUGUUCAACUUCUUGGCAAAGUAUUCUAUUUGCAGUGCUUUACAUAUGAAGUAAUAUGGUUUGAAAGGAAAUAUUGAACUCGAUAAGACAAGUUCCGGGGUGGGGGAAUAAAGCAAAAAGUAUUAUUUAUAUUAAAGAAGGAAAAAAAAGAAAUGAAAAGCAGUCUUAAAAUAGCAAAUAUACAAAAUGCUUCAAUAAUAAAACAAGUGUUGAAAUGCUGCUUGACUGACAUAAUCUGAGUGAGUCUAGGCCGCAUUGGCUGGUAAUAGCAUCGAAACAAGAUAUAUUGUAAGGCAUACA